UGGGCACAAAUGUUCUAAACAUCGCUUUCGACCUCAUCGUGGGUCCACCGCGCACUUUCUGGCCUCGUGUUUCACGCACUCCUAGAGAGAGAGAGAGAGAGAGAGAGAGAGAGAGAGUCGUCUGCUCUUAUACAAGUUGAUUUAGGAAGUGGUGAAUAAGGAGCGACAGAGAUAGAGUUGACAAGGAGCAGCAGUAGCCAUGGCAGCUUCUUCAAUAUCCGAGGAUGCCCCACUUGCAACCCGAAGGUUAUUAGGGAAAGUUGCAUUGGUCACAGGUGGUGCCACUGGUAUUGGAGAGAGCAUUGUGCGUCUAUUUCACAAACAUGGUGCUAAAGUUUGUAUAGUUGACAUUCAAGAUGACCUCAGCCAGCAUCUCUGUGAAUCCCUUGGUGGUGAUUCAAAUGUGUGUUUUUGUCAUUGUGAUGUCACGAUGGAGGAGGACGUUCAACGUGCAGUUGACUUUACAGUUGAUAAAUUUGGUGCACUUGAUAUCAUGGUUAAUAAUGCUGGGCUGGGAGGGCCACCCUCUCCUGAUAUCCGUAACGUCGACCUAUCAGUGUUUGAAAAGGUGUUUGAUGUAAAUGUGAAGGGAGUAUUCCUCGGAAUGAAGCAUGCAGCUCGGGUCAUGAUUCCGCUGAAGAAGGGCAAUAUCAUUUCUAACUGUAGUGUUUCGAGCACCACUGGGGGCUUAGGUCCCCAUGCAUAUACGGGAUCCAAGCAUGCUGUUUUGGGGCUCACAAAAAAUGUUGCAGCGGAGUUAGGAGCACAUGGAAUACGUGUGAACUGUGUUUCUCCUUAUGCUGUGGGAACAAGCUUGGCUUUGGCUCACUUGCCUGAGGAGGAGAGGACUGAGGAUGCAAUGGUGGGUUUUCAUUCCUUUGUUGGGAGAAAUGCCAAUUUGCAGGGGAUUGAUUUGACACCCAAUGAUGUUGCUAAUGCAGUACUCUUCUUGGCCAGUGAUGAAGCAAGGUAUGUAAGUGGUCUUAAUCUCAUGGUUGAUGGGGGCUUCACGUGUGUGAAUCACUCCCUUAGAGUCUUCAGGUAAGGAACAAGGUAUAUGGGGAGACUAUGGACUACCACUCCAGUUAUUAGCAUGCCUUGUCUGGAUGUGACUGGUCAGUUUGUAUCUCCUUUAGAUGUGGAUCAAGAACAUCAAAUUCCACAACCAACAUUGAUGUGCAUCUGGUUUCAACUUCAAUGUAAGAAAUGAUAGCUUCAAGUCACAACUAAUCUUUCCUCUUCUCUGUGUAUCUAACCAAACUCGUUUUAUGAGUUUGGUAGCUUAUCAAUGUUCCUACUUUAAUACAAACGCCAGCCCUUUU